AUGCUAAGGCUUCACCCGGGUCUCAAGCACGCGAUCGAUCGACUGGAGGCGGCACAAGCUCCGUUCCAACGAGAUCUCUGUGCCAAUCUUCUCCGGGAAUGCUGCCGGCUGCGAGCGCUAAACGAAGGCCGGCGUCUCCACGCGCUAAUCGCCAGGGCCGGCCAGACCCAAGACAAUCUCCUGGUGAAUUCCCUCAUCCAGCUCUAUGGCUACCAUGGAUGUCUCCACGAGUCGCAAUCCCUCUUCCAGAGCCUGCGCAAUCGCAACGUCUUCUCCUGGAACAUGAUCAUCUCGGCCUACAUCCACAGCGGCCAUCUGUACGAAUCACAGAAACUCUUCCACUCGAUGGGAGAGAGGAACGUUUUCAGCUGGAAUCUACUAAUCAGUGCGUUCAUACGCGGCGGGGAUACCACCACCGCCGAGAAACUCUUCAACAAAAUGCCACAGCGCAGCGUUGUCUCUUGUAAUACAAUUCUCGCAGCAUAUGCCCGUUCUGGGCAUAUUUCCCACAUUCACGAACUGUUUCUUGCUAUGCUCGAGAGGAGCAUAGUGUCGUGGAACACCAUUCUCGAUAUACACAUUACCCUCGGUGAAGUGGCCACCGCCAAGCUUGUGUUUGAGAGGCUCCCCAGUUGGGACGUGGUGUCGUGCACCACCAUGCUCGCGGGAUUUGCCCAAACCGGGGACUUGGGCACCGCUUGGGCCCUCUUCAAGCGGAUCCCCGAGCCCAAUGUGGUGUCAUGGAACGCGCUACUCGAAGCCCACGCAGCCAGCGGCGACCUCUGUGGCGCACGGCGGAUAUUCGACGUGAUGCCCGUGCGCUCGAUCGUGUCGUGGAACGAGAUCCUCCAGCCAAGCGCGGUGUUGGGCGGGGAUCUUGGCUUGAUGCGCGAGAUCUUCGGCAGGAUCCCGCAGCACAGCAUCGUCUCCUGGAACAUCUUCCUCCACGCCUGCGCUGCGAAUUGCCGCUGCCAGUCCGAGUACGAGGAGUUCAAGACAAUUGCCGCAGCGGUGCCGGAGGAGGACGUGGUCACGAGCACGCUGGCGAUUGCGGCGGCUGCAAAAGCAUGGAAUCUGGAAGAUGCCGAGGGUAUAUUUCACUCCAUGACAUCGCCCAAGAAUCUCGUCUGCUGGAACUGCAUGCUCCAGGUAUAUGCCGAAACCGGGCAUUUGCAGGAAUCAGAAGAGUUAUUUGACAAGAUGCCGGGACACGACACGUUUUCAUGGAACACGAUGGAAUCGCGGCGGAUAUUCGACCUCACCCCCAUGACGAACCUCUGCUCGUGGAAUGGGAUGAUGACCGGAUACAUUGCGAGCCUCGACCUAGAUUCCGCGCGCGCGAUCUUCGAUGCCUCGCCGGAUCGCCCGCUCUGCCUGUGGGCGGCGAUGAUCCUGGCCUACGCUCAGGACGGCCGAUCCAAGCACGCGAUCCAGCUCUUCCGUCUGAUGGAUCUCGAGGGGACGGAGCCGGAUCCGGAAACCCUAGCGGCGAUCCUCGACGCGUGCGCGGUGGUCUCGGAUCUCCAGGUCGGGAAGAUCGUGGUGGAGUACCUGGGCGGCGGCGGCGGCGUGGAUCUCGUGCUGGGCGGCGCGAUCGUCAACAUGUAUGCCAAAUGCGGCUGCGUGGGCGACGCCGAGAGGAGCUUCCUCGCCAUGCCCACGAGGAAUUUGAUCGCGUGGAACACGAUGAUCGCGGCCUAUGCGCACAGCGGGCGCAUCGCGAGCUGCCUGGCGUCCUUCCAAUCCAUGCUGCUCGAUGGGAUCGAUCCCGACGGCGUGAGCUUCCUCACGAUCCUCAGCGCUUGCAGCCACGCCGGGGCGCUCCAGUCGGCGAUCGAGAUCUUCCUCUCGUCCGCCCAGGACCACGGCCUCUCGCCCACGGCGUGGCACUACUGCUGCGUGAUUGAUCUCCUGGGCAGGGCGGGCAAGCUGGGCGACGCGGAGGAUCUCAUCCGGGGCAUGCCGUUUAAAUCCGACGAGGGCGCGCUGUGGCAGUCGUUCUUGAGCUCGUGCCGGAGCCACGGCGACGCGCAGCGCGGCACACUGGCGGCGCGGAGGGCGGCGGCGUUGGAGCCGCGCGAAUCGUCCUCAUACGUGACGCUGGCCGGCGUCCUCGAUGGGAGCUAA